CUUAGACCGGUAUCCAUGACAACCGUUGCAGUUUGACUUGUUUAUAAUUCAGUUUCGUAUAACUUUUAUGGUUGCAAGUCGGUUUUGCAAUUAUAUAUUUUUUAUCAUUUUAAGUGACUAUGGCAGUUGCGUCGCCUCCUCAUAUUUCUGCUCGUAUAUUCUACGGACUGCGAACAGACAUCCAGCACAAUGCUCAUUAUUUGUCUGAAUCUGAGAUUAUUUACCCGGCUGGUGGAGUAAUUGUAAUCCACAAUCAUCUUCAGAAGAAACAGAAGUUUAUCAGACUACAGGAUAAACAUAAGCCUAUCAAGUCAUUGGUUCUUGCUCCUAAUCGACGAUGGCUAGCUUUAAACGAAAUCGCCGAAGAGGGCCAGAAACCUAUAAUAACAAUAUACGAUCUAACUACAUACAAACGACGAAAGAUCCUGACAGUGCCCUUCGAACACUCUCAAGCCAGAGAGUUUGCCUGCAUACAGUUUACAUACGACUCCAAAUAUCUGGUAGCCAUAACUGGAGAGCCAGAUUGGUAUCUGUACUAUUAUAAUUGGGACAAGGGUAAAGUGGAAAGUCACGCAAAAGCCCAAAAUCCAAGUGGGCAGGGCAUUGUGGAAAGUGUACAAUGCAAUCCCUCCGAUGCCACCCUAGUCGUCAUAACAGGGCCGUAUACUUUCCGCAUUAUGAACGUCUCCGAAACAGUUUGGCGCCAGUGGGGAUGGUGCAAGGCUGAAAAUACUAACAUAACAAGCUGCAUGUGGUUGACGCCGGACCGCAUUAUGUUCGGGACGGACAACGGAAUGAUCAUGAUGGUGGAAAACGGAGAACUGCGUCAGAACUGCGUAUUUAAAGCUGCUGAAGUCACGGAAAUGUCCUUGAAGAAAGUUGAAACUGAGCUAGAGCAACAAGAAGGUGAUAAAAGCAGUAUGGGGUCUAGUAAACAAGAUUCAACAAGUGACACUCAUGUGGAAGAAGAAACUUACCCGGUCACAUCCUUUGUUAAUUUUUCUAAAGGAUUUGUUUUUGGUUGUGGACCCGGCUUUGUGCAUAUGUUUGAGAAAGAGACACUUCACCAUUGGAGAAAGAGGAAUGUUUUCAGAAUCUCGAAAAAGUCUUAUAAACAUACCCGAGAACAUCCUUUGUGGUCGACGCUGGACGAAAUCCAACACAUAACGAUAGACCCUAAUCAAGAAACUUUACUUAUCACAACAUUAAGGAAACAACUGUAUUAUGUCAAGCUGUUUGGACAGCACAUGCUACAGAAUCCCGAGAUACCAUUCAUGGAGCUUGGCCCAGCUAUGCAUUACGGCAAAAUUAAUGCGCUGUCAAUGUGUGCAUGGAAACCAAUUUUCAUGACGUCAGGAGAAUUUGACAAGAGUAUAAGGAUUUGGAACUACAUGACUGAUGACGUAGAGAUGAUCAAAUUGUAUCAGGAGGAGAUCCACUGUGUAUCUCUGCAUCCAACUGGUCUGUUUGCAAUUGUUGGAUUUUCUGAUAAACUACGGUUCAUGGUAGUGCUAAUAGACGACUUUGAAGUGAUGCGCGAGUUCCCCAUAAGAAACUGUAAAAAUGCGAAGUUUAGCACCAACGGACAAAUUUUCGCAGCAGUUAAUGGACAAGUGAUACAAAUUUUUUCGUCGGUGUCAUUUCAGAAUGUCUUCAAUUUAAAAGGACAUAACGGCAGGAUUACAUGUUUGGCGUGGUCAGCGAAUGAUUUAACAAUGGUAUCAUGCGGCACUGAAGGGGCUGUUUACGAAUGGAGCAUGGUCACCGGGCAGAGAGUCGGCGAAGUCAUUCUAAAAACCAACCAAUUUAGCUCUUGUGCAGUAAAUGGGAUUGGUAAAACAACGUACGGUGUUGGAUCAGACGGAGAAAUCAAAGAAAUCGGUUCAAAUACGAUUAGACGAAACCUGCCCCUGAUCGGAUGUUCGCUGGACACUAUUCUACUAUCUAGAUCUGACUUGAUGCUGUUCAUCUCCGGCGGUGAGGGUGGCGUGACGUCUGUACAACUGCCUCUAUUAGACAGAGCCAUAUUUAACGAAUUUCACAUGCAUAACAAAAGAGUAACAGCCAUUGCGUUGUCCUACGAUGACCAAACCCUAGUAUCUGUGGCUGAGGACUCUUCCAUUUGCCUAUGGAGAUUGACAAAUGCUGAUGGGAGAGCCAUAGCUCUCGACAAAGACUUUGCUUACUCGAAGGAAAUUCUGAUUAGCAAAAAAGAUCUGCAGGAGAAAAUAAAUAACAUAAAUUUGCUGAGCACGCGAAUGAGUGAACUAGAAACGGAGCACACGUACCAGCUGCGGCAAGCCGAGGCAACACAAGCCGAAAAACUCAAAGAGGUUCACGAAGGUUAUUGCGCUGCGAUCGAAGAGCUCAAGGAAAAGAACGAACAAAUGGAAAACGAGCAUACACACGAAAUAGGAAUGAUUCAACAAGAUAUCUCCAAAUUACGAUCGGGCCACGAGAGAACUUUGCAGUCUUUGGAAGCCGAUUUCAAUGUCAGGCUCAUUAGUGAGUAUGACAGAUAUCAGAGUCUCGAAGACAAAACAGCAAGAAUGCGUAAAGACUAUGAAGAGAGACUGGAUGAUCUGUCUGAAAGCAAACGUCAAGCGCUGAGAGAAAUGCAUAGUAUGUUUGAAGCUAAAUUGGAAGAAAAGGAUCUCAUGCUUCAAGAGUUGCAAGAACAAGCUGAUAUGGAAAAGAAGGAACACGAAACUAUUAAAACCUCAAUCGAAGAAGACGCGGACCGUGAAAUUAUUGAGAUCCGAACGGCGUACGAAGUUCAGUUGAAAGAGGAAAAGGAUGCCAAUGUCAGGCUGAAAGGAGAGACUGGCCUCAUGAAGAAGAAACUCAUUACAGCACAUAAGGAUAUUGAUGAAUUUAAGCAUCAAAUUUCGCAACUUAAAGCCGAGCACAAACAGUUCCAAAAAGUAAUUUCAACUCUGGAACGUGACGUGGCCGAUCUGAAGAAAGAAAUCGGAGAGAGAGACAGUUCAAUACAAGACAAGGAAAAAAGAAUAUAUGAAUUAAAACGGAAGAAGCAGGAACUGGAAAAGUACAAAUUUGUACUAAAUUUCAAGAUAACAGAACUCAAAAAUCAGAUUGAGCCAAAAGAACGACAGAUUCGAGAGUUAGCGCAUCAAAUAAAUGAUAUGGAAAAUGAAGAGUUAAAACUCUUGAAUGUUAAACAUGAACUUGAACUUAAAAUUCAACAACUCAAUGAGAAAUUGGGGUCUGCGAAAAAGGACUUUUUGUCAGAAGCCGAUAGAAACUUGACCUUAAGAAAUACGCUCAAAAAGAUAAAAAUCGAUCUACACAAUAUGACUGCUGAAUUUCAGGAUCCCUCGAAAUUGAAGUUGGCGGUCAAGACGUUAUUCCACAAAUACGUAGAAGACAUAGACUUUGUCCGAAGCCGCAUCGCUGACGAUGAAGCGGUCCGAGAGUUCAACAGACAGCGAGACCACCUCGAGAAGCAAGUGGCUGGCCUCAAACUCCAGCUGUCGAAGGCCUUAGGCGGGUCUAAGAGCGACAUCGGCAAGAUUAUGGACGAGAACUGUGCUCUGUUGGCCGAGAUCAAUAACCUCCGCACUGAACUGAAAUCAACUCGAACUCGUUGCUUUCAAAUGGAGUCCAUCUUGGGUCUAUCUGCGCGGUAUAUACCGCCGGCAACAGCGCGCGCUAAGCUGAAACAUGUCACCGAAGACCGCGACAAACUUGAUGAGAAGUUCCAGCAAAAGAUUGAGGAACGAGAAGGCGUCAUACAAGCAUUGAAAGAAGAAAAUGAACGUUUACUGGCUAAAGUCAGAUGUUUUGAAGAUCCCGAAAACCAGUUCUAUAACCCUAAUUCGUCGGAAAACAAGUAAAUGUGUUUAUAGUUAAUGUUAUGCUCCUGAAUAAUAAAUAAUAAAUAAAACAU